CCACUAGGCAGCGAAACUGUGUUUUAAGUUCUAGUAAUUGAGUUUGGCGGAGCGCCUAACGCUAACAGAUGUGCUUUUAAGGCAUAACAAAAAGCAUAUUACAACAAAAAUAGUGAUUUUGCAACGCAACAAUCGGUUGUGUUGGUCAGUGUAAUUCUCGGCCUAUCAUCCCAAACCAAAAAGUCGUUUCGGCUGACCUUUGAGCUGGUACAACGUCUGGUCUGGGAUCGCUGAUGGAUCGUAGCACUACAUACAUGAAUCAGCCGAUAAAGCCAGUGCAAAUCUCAUGGAGAGAGGGUCACUAUCGGAAAUCGGGAAUCGAUAAGCUGUCGCCGCUGAUAGUACGGAAUACAAAAUACUUGGCGUAUUUAACUGCUGUUCGUCGGCCCGACCAAGUUUCAGUUGCACAUACUUUCCACUAUGUACUUCCUGCUGCGCUUCGUGGUUUUUUGUCUGGAUCCUUUGGGCUUGGGACGACGCUUCGUCAUCCGUCCGGCCUUGAAUCUCUCCUGGAACGUCUACGAUCGCGUCCGCAGCAAGGCGGAUGAGAAAGUGGGUACGGUGCGGGAACUAGUCCUCCGCCUAGGACUCAUCGCCUUCGCUGUGGUCCUAAUCAUCUGGCUGGCAGUCUUCAUGUACGCCGCGUUCUAUUACUUAUACAUGCCGGCCAUAUCGCACACACGACCCGUUCACAUGCAGUUCAAAACCUGCUUAGAGACCAGCACACCCUGUACCUUUCCACAUGCCCAUGUCUCGCUGACGAAGAAGCAACAGCUUCUGAUGGUCGGCCAGGCUUAUAAGGUGAUCGUGAAUAUCGAUAUGCCGGAAUCCCCACAGAACCUGGAUCUUGGUAUGUUUAUGGUGUGUGCCGAAAUGAGGGACUACGAUUCGAUGCUCCGAGGACAUUCCUGCCGAUCUGCAAUGCUGCGAUAUCGGUCGCCACUGAUCCGCAUGAUCUCCACCUGGGCUUUAAGUCCGCUAUAUGUGCUUGGCUGGAAGGAGGAAUUCCAGCAGGUCCCGGUAGAAAUAUUUUCGCGGUAUCUGGAGGAGCGGCAGCAUCCCAUUACGGAUGUGUAUGUGGAAAUACAGUCGCAGAAGAUCCAGUUCUACACGGUGACACUGCAUAUAGUGGCCGAUUUUACCGGUCUGCGGUACAUUAUGUUCAACUGGCCAGUGCUGUCGGCCAUAGUGGCCAUUAGCACCAAUUUAUUCUUUAUACUGGUCAUCUUUCUGCUCAGCUGGUACCACUGGUCCGACGCCAAGUGGUUACAAAGCGUGCAAAUCAAAUACGCCCGGCUCACGAAGUCGCUGGAACCCGGCGUAAUCCUCUCCAAAACGAGCAGCCUUCGGGACGAUGAUGAUUUGUUUGCUUACGGCGAUAAGUCUGACAUUGCAGACGUGGGUGGUGACACAUUGAGCGAUGCGGAUGCAGGUGAUUUGGUGUUGGUUAAGAAAGCUGCAAGCGGCAAGGAGGCUACUCAGGAUUCAUUCCGUAAGCGUCAUGCGAAAAAGACCACUGCGGACCACUAAGAUGAGAAGGGGCUGAAAUAAAAAAGAGGCACUAUUCACCACCGAAGCAGAGACCACCGCCCAUGCUACGCUUGAGCCAAAGACUAAAUAGAUUUUAGGACUAAGUUAGUAAACACAGUUGCCAAAUUAAGUAUUAUUGUUUGUACCUAAAGCAGUCUAAUUAGUUCAACAUUAAUUCAUUUAAGUGGUGGAUAUUUUGUUUACUUAGAAAUUACAGGUAUUUAGGCAUUCCUGUUGAUAGGGUCGAUAGAACCAUACAUUGUUACCCCUUUUUUUCUUGAGCAGCUAAAUUGUAUAUUUUAUUUUUGAUUUCAACCAUUUUAAUUUAAAAUGGCAUAAUCUAAUUAUUUCGUAUUAUAGAAUAAAAAAUUCGAGUUAAUAACUGCUUA